GACAGUUUCGACAGUCAUCCAUUUCUGUGUCUGUAACAAAAGCUGCUUAAAAUUUUGUGUCGUUGAGUUUAUUCGCAGAAAAUGGGUCAAAACCAAUCGGCCGGAAGUGGAGGCGACAAGAAGGAUGACAAGGACAAGAAGAAGAAGUACGAACCACCGAUCCCGACCAGGGUCGGUAAGAAAAAGCGUAAAGCAAAGGGUCCGGAUGCGGCUAUGAAACUGCCGCUGGUAACUCCGCAUACUCGGUGCCGUUUGAAGCUUUUGAAAUUGGAGAGAAUUAAGGACUACUUGCUGAUGGAGGAAGAAUUCAUCCGCAACCAGGAACGUCUAAAGCCCCAGGAUGAAAAGAAUGAGGAGGAACGUUCCAAGGUUGAUGAUCUGCGAGGAACACCGAUGUCGGUUGGAAAUUUGGAAGAAAUCAUCGACGAUAAUCAUGCAAUCGUUUCGACAUCGGUCGGCAGUGAACACUACGUUAGUAUCCUGUCGUUUGUUGAUAAGGAUCAGCUAGAGCCUGGGUGCUCAGUUUUGCUAAACCACAAAGUGCACGCUGUUGUUGGUGUUCUCGGAGACGAUACGGAUCCCAUGGUUACCGUAAUGAAGCUCGAAAAAGCACCGCAGGAGACGUAUGCCGAUAUUGGUGGAUUGGAUACGCAAAUUCAAGAAAUUAAAGAGUCUGUCGAGCUGCCUCUUACUCAUCCAGAAUAUUACGAAGAAAUGGGUAUAAAGCCACCGAAGGGUGUUAUUCUCUAUGGUCCUCCGGGAACUGGAAAAACUCUUUUAGCAAAGGCUGUUGCUAAUCAAACUUCAGCUACUUUCCUACGCGUUGUCGGCUCUGAACUGAUUCAGAAAUAUUUAGGUGACGGGCCUAAGCUGGUACGUGAGCUUUUCCGCGUAGCUGAGGAACACGCACCAUCCAUAGUGUUUAUCGAUGAAAUUGACGCUGUCGGAACGAAGCGUUACGACUCCAAUUCGGGUGGAGAACGAGAAAUCCAGCGUACCAUGUUGGAACUUCUGAAUCAGCUCGAUGGUUUCGAUUCGCGUGGUGAUGUGAAAGUCAUCAUGGCAACCAACCGUAUAGAAACACUGGAUCCCGCCCUGAUUCGACCGGGUCGAAUCGAUCGUAAAAUAGAGUUUCCACUCCCGGACGAGAAGACCAAGCGUCGCAUCUUUAAUAUUCACACCGCCAGAAUGACCCUGGCGGAGGACGUGAACCUGUCGGAGCUGAUUAUGGCCAAGGAUGAUCUGUCCGGUGCGGAUAUUAAGGCUAUCUGUACCGAAGCUGGGCUGAUGGCGCUUCGCGAGCGCCGCAUGAAGGUUACGAACGAAGACUUUAAGAAAUCGAAGGAAAGUGUGCUCUACCGUAAGAAGGAAGGCACCCCGGAAGGUUUGUACUUGUAAUGGAAAUGUCGUGAUUUGUAUUUAGUAUAAAUCAAUAAAAUUCAUUUAAAACG